UAAGAAUUAUUGCCAAAGUUUAAAUGAUUUUUCUCCUGUUAAAAACCCUGUAUACACCGACCUUGAAAAUUUUUAUGCUUCUUCACCACAGCAGUGUUUAUCUUUACCCGUGACAAAUCUAGAGAGCACAGCAGAUGUAACUGAACCAGUUUUUAUUCAAGAAGCUUUACCUCAAAAAUGUGCAUUUUCGCAGUCUUCAUUGGCAGGCAUUUCCAGUCAACCAUCCUAUACUGCUCAAGUGGCUUUCACAUCUAAUCCACUAACAAAUGCAAUCCAAAAAAUUGAUAGAACUUCUUUUGUUGGUGAUGUUAGACAACAACUCAUUAAUUACUUUCCUCCACACAUUAAACAUUUUGUUAGCAGCAAUUCUGUAGUAGAAGAUAAGAUUGUGGCCAGAGAAUUAAUGGCUUGUCUCUUAUCAUUCUGCUUCUCCCAUAUCCCAACUCAUGCUAUCAUUGCAAAUAGAGUUCUUCUGCAUAAAACAUUCUUUUCAAAGUUAAAGUCGACUUGUCUCAGCUUAUAUCCUUGUUAUGGUCAACGAUGGGAUCUCAUUUUUAAAAAGUUGCUAAACAAUUAUCGACAACGACAGUAUACCAAGUGUCACAGCUUAAAGGUGAAAAGGCUUCCACAGGUUUCUGUUUCAAAUAACAAUAGGAAACUUAAACCUGUUGUGACUGAAUUGGUAGCUAAUCAAGAGCAGUUAUUAAAAGAUGUUGAAAAUGAAUUAAAAAAAAAAAAGCCGUCACUGCCAACCUUGUCCAUUUUAAAUAGACAACUAUUUGAUAAUGAGACAUUUAGCAUGAUACCGAAGAGAAUUAGUUUUGCUCCUACACUAAUGCUGGAGGAAGCAAUUCGUUUUUAUGCCAAUUUCAAAGAUGCUAUAAUCAAGAUUCAAGCAAUUUUGUAUUAGGAAGUUUGUUUACAAUUUUGUGGCUUUUAUCGUGUUUAAUUUUACAACUAUAUACUAUAUUUUAUGCCAUUUUUGACAAAUAUAUUUUAACUGAU